AUGGCUCUAAAGUACGAAUUAGAACAAUGGGGGGCUGCCGUCAAAGCUUAUGAUGAACAAGAUUUCGACCUGGCCUUGGAUACGUUCGAGACUAUUGCAGACUCUGCAAAAUUUCAUUUUAAUAUGGGUCUAAUUUAUGCUACUCUCGGUGAGCAUGAAGAAGCUUGUCGGUCUUAUAAAAAAUCUGUAAAAUUGGAUCAAUACUUUGCUGUGGCAUACUUUCAAAAAGGUGUUUCACAUUUUUUGCUGGGCGAAUUUGAAAAAGCACUUGCAAAUUUUAAUGAUGCCUUACUGUAUCUUCGUGGUAAUAUGCUUAUCGACUAUGAGCAGUUAGGCCUCAAAUUCCGUCUUUAUUCUUGCGAAGUCCUAUUCAACCGUGGACUAUGCUAUUUAUACCUUGGUCAAACGGAACAAGGGCUGGGCGAUUUUUCUUUUGCAGUUAAAGAAAAACAAACAGAAGAACAUGAUGUCAUUGAUGAAGCCAUUCAAGUUCAGGGUCAGGGUUUCACAGUUUUUUCCAUCCCUGUCGGUGUAAUAUAUAGACCUCCUGAAGGAAAACUUAAAAAUGUUAAAAUAAAGGAUUAUUUGGGGAAAGCAAAAUUAGUUGCUGCAGUAGAUCCGGAGGAUGCAUUCACUGGUUUUACGGGUGCUCAACAACAAAAAAAAGCACAAAUGAGUACAACAUCUCCAAUUAAUCAAGGCAAAACUGAUGGUGCAGUACUAGAUGUUCCUAGACCGGAAUCACCAACCGAUAAAGUGAUUCGGCCCAACUCCUUGUCUACUAACCCAAAAUCACCACCUUUCCCUAUUCGUGCGACACGCGACCCUAGCUCAAGAAGACGUCCAGAGGAAGAAACUCCAAUUUCUCGAAAUGUUUCUACGCGAAAAGUAUCAAAUCAAAUAAAAUUACAGGAUAAUCUUCAACGAUCUAAUACAAUAGAUAAUGGUCGCCCUUCACCAAAACUUCCAACUGUUCCGGCUCGGAUGAAUUCUGCUAGAGAACCUAGUCGUCCCUCUAUUCAGAGAUCUUCUAGCGCUAAAGAUACAAUAGCACGUUCAAAUUCCCUUAGAACUUCCCGAUCAAAUUCUCCAAGAGGCAGUGUACGUUCUCCUCAAAGACAAAAUACUGUCGGCCGGCAACAGUUCUUGCAGCAACAAAUGAAGAACAUGACCGUCACAGAUGGCAGCUAUAACGAUUAUAAUCAAGAUUCUGAUCAAUAUAAUAGCGAAGAUUAUAAUCAAAUAAGUCCAAUUGACCAACGUGCUGCUCGGUCAAGUCUACGUGGUCGCACUCCUUCAAAAGGAGCUAGUUUUAGGUCUCCAAAACUGGCCCUGCAAGGCGGAUUGGCGACUCCUCCUACCCCAGAAGAUGGCGAUUAUGAUUACAGCAACUUCUUGGAUGAUGGUUAUAUUCACGGUGAGGAAGAUGAACCACAAUUUGAAAUGGUUUCACCACCACAAUAUCCUCAGCAAUCAAAUAAAAUUUCUAAGGUUAAAUGUCAUUAUAAAGACAAAACGCCACGAGCAAUUAUGGUACCCACAAGCAUAGCAUAUGAAGAACUCUCGAAAAGGAUACAGGAGAAAUUUUCUUUAAAUAAUCCUUUAAAAAUGAAGUACAAAGAUGAAGAUGGUACAAUGGUUAUGAUGGGUGAUCAAGAAGACUUAGAAAUGGCUAUUUCAAUUAUUCCUAGGUCUAAUAGUGACGUUGGCAGAAUGGAGGUAUGGAUAGAAGAGUAG